UCUCACCGCACCACACUAAACAUUUUAGCUGAAUAAAACAACAUUAGAGAAAUUAUAAAAUCCAGGAUUAAAUAAAUUAUACAUAUUUGGAUUUCUUUUCUGCGUAAGCACACUUGGAAACAUGGGCAGAGAAAACAAUGUCGUACUAUUUGGAGAAUCUGCCUUUUAAUUAUUCAGGAAGUGGUAAAAGUUCCACUGUUAAUCUACUCCUUGGCCAAGAAGCUGCCAAAGUUUCGGAUCGUGCAGUGGGAUGCACAUUUAAGUUUGAGAAGUAUGCAACAGAGAAUUAUAAUCUAUUCGACACUGUUGGCCUUUCAGAAGGAAGCAGGGGAACAAUGAGCCAAACCUCUGCGGUCAAGCAGCUGAUCACCUUGCUAAAAUCCUUGGAGGGUGGAGUCUCACUUUUGGUCUUUGUCAUGGAAAAUGGAAAAAUUACAAAGAGUCUUGACGAAAAUUACAAACUAUUUGUGGAGGCAAUCUGCAUGAAAAAAGUGCCAAGUCUUCUUCUCGAGAAGAAGACUUUGAAGAAGACAAUGCGUUACGAGAAUUCUCGUAACGCAUUGCGAGAUGGACGCCGAGCCUGGAAAGUGGUGGGACGUGAACAAACAACAUUUUGACAAAUAUGGAAUGGAGUUCUCCUCAGUUAUCAGCGGAUGUUCCAUGAAUCCAGCCACGGCUCCGGGGAUCAUGCAACUCAUAAUCAAAUCACUAAAUGAACAAACGGUGGCACAGCUGCAUGACGCCAUAAUUUCGAAAAUGCUUAUUCCAGGAUGGAAAGUGGAAGGUGGUUGGGGAACUUGGUUUCAGAAUAUUUUCAUGAAAGUUAUAGGAAUAAUUUGUUCCUUUUUUUGGCUUCAAUUUCUUUUUUGGUAGAGAACCCUGUUUUGAGGUAAGGCUAUUUGAGUACUUCCAACGACUCGGGUAUGAUGACCUUGUCUCGGGGCAAAUGGCUAAGGAAAUUUCAAAUGCAAUGUGAUGGAAUAUUUGAAAUAUAAAUAUUCGAAAUAUGUAAUUUACGCUUUGUCUCAAAUGUAAGAGAUGAAAAUUGAAAAUGCUCUUAUUUUGUGACGUACGUGUCCUCAGUCUUGAGGGUUGGGUAUAUUAUAGAUAAUUUAUUGUCACAUGUCUCCACAAAGUUUCAUUCAAAUUCGGCUUCAACUUUCUGUGAUUUUAAUAUUUUUCCAAAAUUAGUCAAAUUUUACUGUCUCAAAACUAAGAGAUAGGGCGUUUUUUAAUUAAUUUAAUAUUAAUUCCUAAUUGAAUCCUGACCAAUAAGCUGUUUUUAAUAUUUGGUGAAACCUCCCUGGAUUAAAAUUAACUCAAAUAUCCGUCGUUUCAUUGAAUCAUUCAAAUUCUGCAGAGUUUCCAAUGGGAUGUUUGCCCAUUCUUCGUGAAUUUGGCGUUCCAGUUCUUGUUUGGUCCGAUACUGACGUCCGUGUGAAUAUACUCCACGCGAAAGUUCGGCCCACAGAUUCUCCUUUGGAUUGAGAUCGGGACUUCUUGCUGGCCAGGGCAAAGUCCGAACGUUUUUCCUCGCUAGAAAGUCCAUUGUGGAGCGAGAAGCGUGAAUUGAAGCAUUGUCUUGCUGGAAAAUCCACCCUCUCCCUCCAAUUUUUGGACCUUCUCGAAUGAGAUUUGCCUUGAGGACUUCUUGGUAGCCUAGGGAAUCUGUUCUUGGUGGAAUGGACGCAAGUUCAGUCUUUCCAUUGUACCCAAAUCCUCCCCAAAGCAUUACAGACCCACCCCCUAUUAAUAAGCCAAUCAAAGAUUUUUAUACUUAAUGAUGAAGUAGUUUAUUGUAAAAAUAACUGGUCUAAAAUGGUUUCUGACAUACCUGCUUGUCGUUUGGAAAAGAUUUCUGGUUCCUUCUUGAGAUGGUGCCAGUAAUACGAGUAACCAUCCGGUCCGUCCAGAUUAAACUUUUUUUCGUCCGUGAAAAUGACCUUUUGCCACUCUUUGUCCCAUGACAUGUGUUUCCUGGCGAAUUCCAGCCUUGCGCCCUUGUGGCGUUGGGUCAGGGGAGGCUGCGUAAGCUUUUUCCUCCACUCCAAGCCGGUAUUAUUGGUCAGGGAUCUAUGCACGGUGUGUUUUGAGACGGUAAACGGCAGUUCCCUUUGAAUUUCUCUGAUAGAGUACUGCCCUGUUGCGGCAAGUUUGCUAAUUUGUCGCUCGUCCCGAGGUGUCAAAAUCUUAGGGCGACCAUAGGAAGUGGUUUCAAGGCCUUGGUGGGUCUUUGAAUUAAGAUAAUUCGAGAUUGCACUUUGCGAACACCCGAGAAAUUGAGAAAUUCUCGAUUGAGACGCCCCUUGCUUAUGCAGAAGGUCGAUCUGCCCCAACUGGUAGUCGGAAAGAGGUUUCCCGGUUGGCAUCUUGACCAAUACUCAUUUCAAGUCGAGAACUGGCCAGGUGGCUAAGUGAUUAAUUGAUUAAAUUUCCCAAAAACGCCCUAUCUCUUACUUUUGAGACAGUCCAAUUUGACUAAUUUUGGGAAAAUGUUAAAAUCUCGGAAAGUUGUAGCCUAGUUUGAAUGAAACUUUGUGGAGCCAUGUGGCACUAAAUUACCUAUAAUAUUACAAAAUAUCAUGACCCACGAGUAACAUAUCACAGAAUGAGAGCAUUUUCAAUUUCUAUCUCUUACAUUUGAGACAGAGUAUAAUAUUUGAAGUAUUUUUGGCAAUACAAAUUUGAUAUUUUCCGCUUCAAAAUCCGUCCUAAACAUUCUUGCCAUUUGUAAGAAUAUUUCUACAUGUAUAAUCUCUUAUCAACUCGUUAAGAUUAAAUAUAUAACAUAAUUAUCCGUACCAAUUAAAUACAUACAUAUGUACACAAAUAUGUGUUCCUACAUUAAAUGGCAAAACUAAAUUGUACUUGACCCUUGUGCGAGGUAAAACAGGGGUCACCAUUACUGGAUUGUACAUACAGAUAUUUUUUGCCAGUUAAUAAAUUCGGGUUAAUUCUGAAUAAAUCAUAAGUACUCAAAUUUCUUAAAAUUCGCCAAAAAUAAAUGGAUUUGGAGUAAAGCUCCAACAUACAUACAUGG